AUGACAAAUCAAGCAACUGCUUCAAACGCAGUAUCAUCUGCCAGUCAACCGCCACCAAACCAACCUAUUGGUUUCAACGCUUAUUGCACAACAUGUGUUCAUAACUUCUUUGGAAUUCCUACAUCAACGCCUGUUACGACUUUGCCUCCAGAAGAACCCACAACUCAAAACGUCUUUCAACGUGCUGGUUGGGAAACCGAUGACAAAGGAAAUGUUUUCGUUGGAACUGACGACUCAAAAUUAUUGCUAAUCUCCGUAGGCUCCUAUUGGCCGUUCCCCAAGGAUUACCGUAGGAGAUAGCG